AUGACCAUUAACGAAGCUGCAAAACACCCUGUAGGAAAUACUAUUGAUGAUGUUCAGAAUCUGGCAAAUGAAACUGAGAAAAACACAGGAACCGACAAUGUAAAUCUUGGUGACAACAUACCUGAUGAUGACGUAUUUUCAACACCGAAAAGGGCUGAUGAUGGUUCAGGGUACUCAGUGGCAAAAAAGAAAUUCUGA